UUCGAUCAAAAUAAAUAAAAAAAAUAAAACAAAAAUAAAACAAGGAUAACUUUUCGCCAAAACAAGUAGAAUUUUCAUUGUUUUGUAACAUUUCGCGUGGAAAAGCUGUAAAAGGCUACGAAUAGUAUCCUCAAUCAACAAAAUGACUCCAGAUCUGAACCUUGACGAUGAAAAGUCAGCCCAGCAACAUUAUUCGGCCCACAAUCCGAUCGAGCAGUACGUUCUUCUGUCGAAAAGUGCCAAGGGGGCAGCUUGUCUUGAACUUAUCAAACAGGUUCUUGAGGCUCCGGGAGUGUACGUUUUUGGGGAACUGCUCGCAAUGCCCAAUAUUGCGGAGCUUCAAAAUGGCCCAAAUGGCAGUUAUUUCAGUACGCUGAAUCUUUUUGCGUAUGGCACCUACCGGCAGUACCUGGAGAACCAAUCGCAACUGAUUCAGCUGACUCCGGUGAUGCGCAAGAAACUGCAACAUUUGACAAUCGUCUCGCUGGCCAUCAAGACAAAGUGUAUUCCCUACAAAGAACUGUUGGAAGAAUUGGACAUAAAACACGUCCGCGAUCUGGAGGAUAUGAUUAUUGAGGCAAUCUACGGGGACAUCAUCCACGGAAAGCUGGACCAGAAGAAGCAACAGCUAGAAGUAGAUUAUGCCAUCGGGCGGGAUAUCCGAAAGGGGAAUGUUAGUGAAUUGGGCAACUUCCUGGAAGAAUGGUGCGACUCGUGUGAGACGAUUCUGGCCUGCCUGGAGAAUCAAAUCCACCGGGCCAACUCGGAAAAACAGAAGCGGCUCAAGCACAAGGAAGCUAUGGAUAUGGAGAUAACUAACCUCAGGAAGUUGAUCAAGGUUCAGGCGGGAAACGAUUCGGAUGAAGCCAUGGCCACCGAUUCGGGCCGUGAGAUGUCGGUAGGACAUCCGGAUCCACGCAAGAAGUCGACCAAGUCGAAAAGCCUAAAAGUGAGCGGUGCGGCCAAAAUGCUCUCGAGACAGAUGCCCUAGGGAAGAGAAUGAUCUCAAUUGCGUGUUGUACUCCUUUUAUUAUUCCUGAACAAAAUUGCCUUUCGUUGCGAACCCCGGUACAUUUCGUUUUGUUCUAAACUUGCUGUAAUAAAAUCGAAUUAACUACCUUUCUUCGGUUA